GAGGGAGAGUUGCACUAUUCCAGCCUCGUCGGCGUCUGACUUCAUAGCUGCUGCGUUCCCAGCUUGGAGUAGGAGGUGCUACCGACUGCAUGCUGGAGGCUGCAGCCUACCGGGCUGUGGCUGGCCUCCCUGGCUCACCACCUCGCCGGCUUGCCUCACCUUGCCUGGCUGGCUUACCUCGCCGGCUUGCCUCGCCUGCUGCGGUUGGUGGCAGCGAUGGACACUGCAACCGGCCAGAGUGUAGAAAGGCGUCAGGUAGAGACGGGGUUUCACCAUGUUAGCCCAGGAUGGUCUCGAUCUCCCAACCUCGUGAUCCGCCCACCUCGGCCUCCCAAAGUGCUGGGAUUACAGGCAUGAGCCACCAUGCCCGGCCUACUUCUUUUUUUUGUCAUUUCUAAUUGACUGGCUUGGGAAGAUACACAUGCAAAAUGGGAACAAGCAACAAAACUAAUCUUUAACUAUCCAAAAGCCAAAAUGGAUGAUAGCCAGGCUGCUGAAAGUUUCACAUGACCAUUGUUAGGAGUCGAAUGUCCCAUCUGAGUGGAGGAGGAUGCGCAGAUUUGUCUGACACAGACUCCCUACAGGAAUGGAUCAACAUGACUGGCUUCCUUUGUGCCCUUGGGGGAGUGUGCCUCCAGCAGAGAAGUAAUUCUGGCCUGGCAACCUAUAGCCCACCCAUGGGUCCAGUCAGUGAAUGUCAGGGUUCCAUGAUUUCAGUGAUGUCGUCAGAGGGAAACGCAGGUACACCUGUCAGCAAAUGUAUGGAUCAGCUGUUGUCCUUAAUGCUGUGUAACCAUGAGAAAGUGGGACUUCAAAUACGGGCCAAUGUUAAGGACCUGGUGGGUCUAGAAUUGAGUCCUGCUCUUUAUCUGAUGCUAUUUAACAAACUGAAGAAUGCCAUCAGCAAGUUUUUUGACUCCCAAGGACAGGUUUUAUUGAUGGAUACCAACACUCAAUUUGUAGAGCAAACCAUAGCUAUAAUGAAGAACUUGCUAGAUAAUCAUACUGAAGGCAGCUCUGAACAUCUAGGGCAAGCUAGCAUUGAACCAAUGAUGUUACAUCUGGUCAGGUAUGUUCGUGUGCUUGGGGAUAUGGUCCAUGCAAUUCAAAUAAAAAUGAAACUGUAUCAGUUGGUUGAAGUAACGAUGGCAAGGAGAGAUGACCUCUUAUUUUGCCAAGAGAUGAAAUUUAGGAAUAAGAUUGUAGAAUACCUGACAGUCUGGGUUAUGGGAACAUCAAACCAAGCAGCAGAUGAUGAUGUAAAAUGUCUUACAAGAGAUUUGGACCAGGCAAGCAUGGAAGCAGUAGUUUCACUUCUAGCUGGUCUCCCUGUGCAGCCUGAGGAAGGAGAUGGUGUGGAAUUGAUGGAAGCCAAAGGGGACACAGUUAUUUCUUAAGUAAAUUUCAGUCACCAAAAAACACAAAGCAAAAGCAAAUAAAGCCCCCCGCCGCCACACACACACACACACACACAAAGACAAAACAAAACAAAAACAAAAAAAACAAAGAAAACAAAGAAAUGUUCCCCAUGCAGGACUAGGAUUAGGAAAAUAACUGUGUUUUAUGAUUUUUAAAGAAAAUAAUAUGAUCCCUGAAAUUUUGCUUAUAAUAAAACCCAGAUUGCCUCACUAAGUCAUUUACAAAAGUGACAUUGUGUAAGCUGUUUGGACCACUAAUUUUAUAUACUAAACAUUAAAAAUG